AUGGUGGCCAGCGACAUAAGUGACCUCAGCUUGUCCAACAAGGUGGUUUUCCGCGGUGUCCCUGACACUUGCAGCGCCGAGGACAUCUCAAAGUUGUUGCAAAAGUACGGGCCACUGGAGUGCGUUUGCUAUGAGAAAGGAGCUGGAAGCGGCGUCGCAGAGUUCCUUUUCUGUGGUUCGGCAGAACGCGUAGAGAAGGAGUCCAGCAGGCCGGACUCCCCACUUCAGCUGGCAGGUAGCCGUGUCCAUGUUCUGCGGGGCGCUCCGCGGUGGCCAGGAAGUACGGACACAGGUGCUUUCCAACAAGUUCUUGUGAAACCGACGCCGAAGACAGAGUCUCUGGACGUCGUCGUCAUUCGUGGGCAGAGCUCUGCAUCUGGCAUUGGCUUGGUGGCAGAGUUGGCAAAGACGAAAACGACUUCUCUAGUCAUCUGGGACCGGCAUCACAAGCCCAAAGACGAGUCCAAGGUAUCCACAUUACCCAAAAAAGUCUACACGGAAGUGUUUGCGGAGCAAGAGCCAGAUAGGGAAGUCAUGAAGAAAGCCGGAGAUUUCUUUUCAGCCGGCGCUCCCAAGUGUGCCCUUGUGCACCUGGCGGAGGAGAAGUACACAGAGGAGACCGCAGUGGAACGGCCUCUGUUACAGGUAAAUGACCUGAUGGAUGCAUGCCGACACAACCAUCUAGAGACGAUUGCUGGCUUCAACGCUUUCAAAAUUUACCAGCCAUGGCUCCAUGCGAACCGAGCCUGCACAUUCGUCCUGCUUCCGCCAAAGCUCUGCCACGAGUGGGAUGAUGACAUCGCUACAUGCGUCGUCGGGUCUAGAAGGAUAGUUCGUGCCGAUCCAGCGAGGCUGCCGGACGGGUCUGGUUGGACCAUCGGCCUUCAGAUGGUCCACUCGUCGGCCAGUGUUAAUGCUGUCUUGGCUUCCAGCACAAUCCACGACCUGGUGAUAGCUGACGACGGAACGAGGACCAAAACAUGUGCAGUGCAAUCUGCGGUGCACUCAGCAGUGCCGCCUUCAACUAUUAGAUCUUUUAGUGCCAUCUAA